AUGUCGUACUAUACAAAUGUAUCUGCAGGCGAAACUUCUUCAAAUGAUGAUCAGCAAACAGAACCAAUAAAGUCAUACAAGGAUGCCUUAGCUAGUGUUAUUUCAAAAAGAAAUAUUGAAGAUUACGUUUCAAACUCUAUAACAUUGACAGAAGGAAAUUGCACGUAUACGAUUCGGUGUCCAGUUGCGCCAAAAUGCGAUGACUACUAUGUCAUCCAACGUUAUAAAACUAGUGCUAUUAAGGGCAUUCCGUCACUUGAAAGUAAAAUAAUCGAAGUUAUUCGAUCAAUUUUGAAUCGAUGUUCAUCAGACCCGAAACGUAAGAUUGAAAUAAACAGCAAAAAAUAA